AUGGCCAAUCUCGGGGUUUCCCGUUUAUUUGUUAUCUUCUCGGUGGCUCAAGCUACCCUUAUUUCGCGGGGAUAUAUUGCAAAACUGGAACUUGAUGAUAAAAAAUCAAAUAACAAACUUUUAGGUGAGUACAACUCACAGUCAUUGAUCGAGUGUGCUGCGAUGUGUGUAAAAGAGUGUGGAUUCUUUGGCUACCAUGGCGAAUUGAAGAAGUGCCGUGUCCACAAGAAGAUCUUCACGUUUGGACUGUCUGAUGAGGCCGGGUGGAGAUACUAUUUGCAUGAUUAUUUCCCCUUUGAUUGUAAGGACCUCCAUGAAGAUAGUCACACUAAUUCAGGGGUGUAUGAAAUCUAUCCCGAUGGUACCAGCUCCCGUUCUCUCUCAGUUUAUUGCGAUAUGGAAACAAUGGACGGAGGGUGGACGGCAAUCCAGAAACGUGUAAAUGGAUCUCUGAGCUUUGACAGGGAUUGGACUGGAUAUAAGAAUGGUUUUGGUUCACCGGUACAGGAUGGCUGGAUCGGAAAUGAAGUAAUUCAUCACCUAACAAAGGGGAAGAACUCGGCCCUCUAUGUUUCUGUCACGCUGGUGAAUGGUAGCAGAUUGUACGAGUUGUACGAACAAUUCUCCGUUUCCGAUGAAGCAGCAAAUUAUCAACUCUUUCUUGCGGGGAACGUCACGGGGACCUUGGGAUCUUCUAAGUUGAUGUGGAAUGGACCAAUUGGUAUCUGUCUUGUCUGUUCCAUCUUGUCAGACCAUCAUGGUGACAGUAUGUUGAACAGUGGAAGUUCUUACCGCGAUCUGUCUGGUAUGUACUUCACCACCCCAGACAGAGACAACGAUAGAAAUAUUAACUGGCAAGGAGGUAACUGCGCCGCUGCACCAGGGUUCAGGGGAGGGUGGUGGUUUAAAGACUGUGCUUACGCCUUCCUCAAUGGUGUAUGGCCUCUGGUGCACUGGUUUCCUACAUUUCCGCUCGAGGGGACUUCUGUGAGAGAGACGAUGAUGAUGAUGAGGAUAAAUGAGGGCAGGAAAAGAGAAGCUACAGAUCAGAAACGAAAAAAAUCUAACUAUAUCCUCAUGGAGAAAUAA